AUGUCCGGCAACGCUCGAGGCGCCUCGACGGCGUUUUGCAUACUCUACCGAAUCUUAGCCAUGGAAAAUGUGCCGCACUUUAAAGUGAACAAAAUGAUUUACCACCAAGAUUCCGUGUACAUACGAUGCAUCGGUUUGCUGUACGCGAGGUACAAGUUUUACAACGACGAGGAAAAUUUGAUGAAGUUUUUCUCCGAAGACGUGUUUAAAGAUAAAAAAGAGAUAAGCUUCGCGCCGUCCGUGGACGGGAAGAAGUUGACGUCUUUUUCUCAGUUCGCGAUAGAUUUAAUCUGUUCUCAGGAGUACUUCGAGACGUUGUUCCCGAGAAUACCGGAGGUUUUGAAGCGGAAAAUGCAGGCGAAGAUUGAAUCGUGGUUGGACGGCGGAAAAAAAGUGGAAGCAAAAGGUGGCGGCGGCAUCGGCGAGUGGCGGAGGAGUAAAGGCGACGGAAAAGGGAGAGUCAUGUCCGUGAAAGAAAGUUUGAGCGUGAACGUCGGUCAGAGAGCGCCGCAUUUGGCAAACGCGAGAGAACGAGGGAGAAGCGGCUUCGAUCCGGAAUCCUCCUCCUCUCGCGGCGGCGGCGGCGGCGGCGGAGGUUAUCGUAAUAAAUAUAGUAGCAGUAGCGGAAGGGGGAGUUUUUAUCAUCAGCGCGACGAUAGAGGAGGAGAAAGAGGAGGAAAUAGAAGAAGGGACGGGAGCAGAGACCGGUACGAAAACAACGACUACGGCAGAGGAGGAGUCCGAGGAGGAGUAGAGCGAAGAAGAAACAAUUCAGACGACGACAAUUAUUACGACGACGACUACUACGGAAGAAGAGGAGAAGAAAGAGGAGGAAAAGGAAGAGGUGAAGAAAGAAGAGAAUUGCCGUACGCGACGAGAGAGCUCCCGUAUAAACGCUAA